AUUAAUGUUUCAAAAUAAGUACUAAAUAUGUUUCAAUAUAUCAUAGAACUGAUUAUGAUAGAGGUGUCAAUACUUUCUCACCUGAAGGUCGUCUAUUUUAAGUAGAGUAUGCUUUAUAAGCAAUUAAAUUGGGUGCAAGUGCAUUAGCAAUUAAAGUUAAUGAAGGUGUAGUGUUGGCAGGUGAAAGAAAAUUGAAUUCAACAUUACUUGAACCUAAAAGCAUUGAAAAAAUAUAUGAAAUUGAUACUCAUUUAGCUUGUACUGCAUCUGGAUUCAUUCCUGAUGCUAGAACAUUAGUUGAACAUGCUAGAGUUGAAUCUUAAAAUCAUAAAUUUAAUUAUGGAGAAUCUAUUAAUGUUAGAGCACUUACACAAAUUGUUUGUGAUCUUGCACUUGAUUUUGGAGAAAGUGAUUCCAAAAAUAAAACUAGAAUGUCUAGACCUUAUGGAGUUGCUUUAUUAAUUGCAGGAGUUUCUGAUUAAGGACCAUAAAUUUAUUAAACAGGUAUCAUUAUUUAUUUAAUUUAAGAUCCUACUGGAACCAUGAUUGAAUAUUAAGCCAAAGGAAUCGGUGCUGCUGAUGAAGGAAUCCAAAGUAUUUUGAAAGAAUAAUAUAAAUAAGUAAUUUCAAAACAGUAUCCAAGGAUUUAACUUUAGAACAAGCUGAGAGAUUGGCUAUUUUAUGUUUGAAAAAUGUUAUGGAAGAAAAAGUAACUAAAAUUCAUCAUCAUCAUCUUAGAUUAAUAAUAAAAAUGUUGAAUUAGCAGUUAUUACUACUGCAGAAAAAAGGUUUACAUAGAGAACAUCUGAAUAAAUUUAAAGUUUAAUCGAUAAAGUUUGAAAUACCUGAG